AAUAGCACUCAACACAUACUAGUGAAUAUCGCCCUUCAAUAGAUCCAAGUUUAUAUCACCUUUAAUUUUCUACUUUAUUUUACAACUAUAUAUUUUCCAAUUAUGCCUAAAAAAAUCCAAUUAAUAAAUUUGUGACACAUUAGUCAAGACUAGCCUAAUUUAAGGUACCCCAAACAACCCUCCAAGAUAUGGAUGCAACUCAAACUAACAAAAUUUACGUUGCGGUAGGCUAUGAUGUGUUAGAUGGAUUUCAAACAUUGGAUUGGGCUUUGAAGAAAUGGAAUUCUCAUCCAAAUAUUUCUAUAAUCAUUUUACAUGUGAAAUACAACCCUUCCAAAGAUCAUGUUUAUACUCUCCUUGGAAAACUCCCUGCAAAAGGUGCAUGUGAAGAGAAAUUAGAUUGUAUAAGGAAAUAUGAGCAAAACAUAAUCAACAAAUUGCUUUCCAAGUAUAUAGCUUUAUGUGACAAAAUUCCAGCUGAAACAUUUGAGGUUGAGAGAUUUGAUGAACCAAUGCAGAAUCUCACAUUAGACUUGAUUCUUGGUCUAGGAAUAACCAAAUUGGUCAUGGGAUUUUCAUUCAUGAGACCUUCUAUAAAAUCAAAAGAUGCCAUGAACGGAUUGUUCUAUGUUCAUCAGCACAAGCCUGACUUCUGUGAAUUAUUCAUAAUAUGUGGAGGGAAACAAGUUUCACCAAGAGUGAAGAAUGGUGAAAUAACCAUGGAGGAUGAUAAUGGUGUCAAGGUUGCCAAAAUGAGAGAUAAGAUGAGUUUCAAAGAUUGGCUAGAGAGAAUGAUAAGCGAUAAAACCAUUGAUUCCAACCACAAGAAUUCUAGUAGGUCACCAAUUUCCUCAACAUAUUUGGAGGCUCAUCUAGAACAAAAUUAUAUCCAAGAAAUUGAAAAUUAUUUACAUGAGUUAGUGUCCUUAAAUUUCGAGGAAGGAAGUUUUGGACAAGACAAUCAUGAUUCCUUCGUUACUCCAAUUGAGCCUUAUUUCCAAAAACUUCAAAUUUCUGAUAAUAAGAGUGCUGCAGAAAAAUUUGAGAUCCUCACAGAUAAACUGAAUGAAGCUUACAAUACCAUCCAAGUGAAAAGAAAAGAAGAAAAGGACAAUUUGGAGAAGCAUGCAAAAGCUGAAUGGGCUAUUUAUAUAUGCAAUCGUCGGGAAGAAGAAGUUGAAUAUUUAAAAAGUGAAGAAUUGACAAGAAAGGACGAGCUAAAGAAGGAAGUGAAUGCAGAAAAUGAAAAAAUUAACAAAAUUAGGAUGAGUGUUGAAGAGAGCAAGCAAAGGCUUCAUUCACUAAAAGAGCUACAACUAGAGCUUCAAAAUAAGCUUCAUGUUUCCAAAUUGAAAUUUUCAGAAUUUGAAACCAAACUAGAGAAAGUAAAUGCUGCAAGGAAUGAGAUGCUAAUGAAAAUUGAAGAGCUAAGUAGACAAAGGGAUAUUAUGAACAAAUGGAUUAUGUUUAUCAAAGAAAAAAAUGUCACAAAAAUUAGUACUAAGGUAAUAGAGAAUGAAUGUGGUUUAAGAGAGUACACAAAGGAGGAUAUUAUUUUGGCCACUCACAAUUUUUCAGAACACUUGAGGUUGAAAUCUUGUGAGAAUUGGAGUAAUGUCUUUAGAGGGUAUAUUGACCAUUCCAAUGCUGCAAUCAAGAUGCUUGAUUCUACUCUUGGCUUGUCCCAACAAGAUUUCCAAGCUAAGUUGAGGUCUCUUGGUAGUAUUUGGCAUCCUCAUCUUGUUGCUGUAUUGGGCUUCUGUUCUGAGCCCAAAUGCUUAGUUUUGGAAUACAUGCACAAUGGCAGCUUGGAAGACAUACUACUUUGCAAGACAAGAAUCAGGCCCAUUAGCUGGCAAGAUCGCAUAAGGAUAGCCAUAGAAGUUUGUUCUGGGAUGGGCUUUCUCAAUGCAUUUAAGCCCAGGCCCAUUAUUCAUUGUCAUCCUUCUCCAUCCAACAUCCUCCUAGACUACAAUUUUGUUGCAAAGAUCAAAGGGUUUGGGCUUCAUGGGUGCAAUAAAGAAUGUGAUGUUGGGUUAGAUAUGAAGGCAAUAGGGGUUUUGUUGCUUCAUCUUUUGACUGGAAGAGGAAAUUUGGUGAAAGUGGAUAAGGAAGCAAUUUUUGAUGAGAUUGGUGAAGAAUGGCCAUUGGAUGUAGCAAGAGAAGUUUUGGGCUUGGCAAUGAGGUGCAUGACCAUGAAUUGUGAGUCUAAUCUAGAAAUGAGCAUAACAAGAGUGAUGGAGGAACUCAAUGAGAUAAAAAAAAAGGGGUGGUGAAUCUAGUAAAGUGCCUAACAUAUUCCUUUGCCCAAUCCUUCAUAAAGUAAUGAGAAAUCCACACAUAGCAUCUGAUGGGUUUUCUUAUGAGCUAGAAGCACUAGAAGAAUGGUUGCAAUCUGGGAAUGGCAUAUCUCCCAAAAGUUUGAAGUUGAAGAACGCAUUACUUUUCCCUAAUCAUAACCUCUGUUCCCUAAUUAACUACUGGCAAAGGAAGAGAUCAGAUAUAAGGCUGUAAAAUAGAGACACCUAGUACAUAACUUUUACCUAAUAAUAAUACUAAUGACUUUCACAUGAUUUAAUUACAAUUACAAUUUUUUGGCACAUUAAAUGCAUGGAUAUAAACAAGCAUUUUUUUUCCUUUUUAAUCAACAUAAAAUUUAUUUAAUUAAAAUUUUAGAAGUUGUAUUAAAAAGAGUAGAUUAAUGGGUGUGUUUGUAUAUGUAUAUAUAUAAGGGAGUACUUUUUAUAUAUAAUGGUGGAGUAAUUGGAUUAUAUACAUAGUAACUUUUUCUUUUAUGUUCUCAAAUAAAAACUCCAACAUUGUAAUUGAGAGGUUGAGCCAACGCGCUACAACUAAAGAUCUGUUGUAAGAUUUAUCAACUGUCAUUGAUUUAUUUCAACUUUAAAUAUCAAACAGAAAGAAACUGCAAAAAUGAAUUAUCAUUAGAUUAAAAGAAUUAUGUAUAAGUACAAUAGUUUGUUCACUUUUUCCUUUUCAGUUCACAAAUUUACCUAUAUGUGAGAACAUUUUGUAAUUUCACAAGCAUAAUCAGUGCUGUACUAUUUCCUAUUUGGUAAUCUGUAAUUCAAUCCAUUUAUAUAUUCUUCAUAAGCUGCUAUAUCUUCUAUGCACACUAACACAAACAUCGGACACGACA